CACCAUUCCUACAAUCACUCUCUACAAAUCCAUAUCAUCUUAUUUUGUGUAUAUUCAAUUUCAAGAAAAUGUUGGGUAUUUUCAAGAAAGAAUUGGUGAAUGCACCAAAGGAGCUCAUCUCAUCCCACCAACAUCAACAUCAACAUCAACAUGAUCAAAAACAAGACCCUUUGAACCAUUUCUUGUCUUCCAAUCUCAAUGCUCUCUCCAUGACUUUUGGAGAUGUUUCUUUGGCUUUUAGCCCUUCUUCUCAAACCCCACUACCCCACCAAAGGUUGUUCUGUAGCGUGGAUGACAUCUACUGCAUAUUCUUGGGAGGUUUAAACAACUUAUGCGCCCUUAACAAGCAGUACGGGCUAACCAAGCUAGCUAAUGAGCCCAUGUUUAUCAUUCAAGCUUAUAAGACCCUCCGGGACCGUGGCCCAUACCCGGCCCACUCGGUUCUCAAGGAACUUGAGGGUAGUUUCGGGUUUAUACUUUAUGAUCUCAAGGCUAAAUCUGUCUUUAUCUCACUUGGUGCUGAUGGAGGAGUGAAGCUUUUCUGGGGUAUAGCCGUUGAUGGCUCUGUUGUAAUUUCCGACGACUUGGGGGUCAUAAAGUCUAGUUGCUUCAAGUCAUUUGCUCCAUUUCCAACCGGGUGCAUGUACCACACCGAAGGAGGGUUAAUGAGCUUUGAGCAUCCAAAACAGAAAAUGAAAGCCAUUUCAAGAAUUGAUAGUGAGGGAGCAAUGUGUGGUGCUACAUUCAAAGUUGACAUCCAUUCAAAGACACAAACCAUGCCAAGAGUUGGAAGUGAAGCUCAUUGGACCUUUCAUUCUCUUAAUUAGCAAUUUCUUUUCUAAACUUGAAUCACUUCAAUUGAUUUCGUUACAUAAAUGCAUUGUUUGAUUUUGUACUUUCCCAUGUUCAAAGAUUUUCAUUAUGUUUUAAUACUGAACCCUUACCUAAUGAGAGCUUAUUAGGUCA